UGGCUCUCUUCGUCACAUCGGAAAGUUCAACCAGUAUUAUUGAACCCGUCUAACGAGUGAGACAUAGAAGUCGAUUCCUCCGCUCUCAUCGGUUCUUGUGCUUUCCAGUGGAGGCACUACAAACCUGAUUCCUAAUCGCAAACAGCAAUACGGGGGACGUGUGCCGCGAGGUGUAGACCCCUAAAUCGAAACAAAUAUCAUCUUCGCUUUGGUUCGCCACCAGGACCCUCCGGCUGUGGCUCUCCCUCUCGCGUCACAAUCACCGCGCGCAGUUGUGUCGUAUCGGUGAUCCCGCUCGGUAGCAGCCAGCAAGAUCGACGACGAGGAUCCUCACCAUCAUCAGUAGUCGCAGACCAGUCAACGACAAGUCGCGAGCGAGCUGACGAGUAGUGCGCGCGGGGUUAGCAGUUAGUGUUCCGGGCCCCCAUUCGAUAAUUCUUCGCCGUGUGUACAUUCCGCGUUUUCUGUGCGCUUCGAACGAACGGCGCGGAGCAACGCAACUUCAGCGCGCGAUCAUCCCAAGGUGCACCCCCGAAAAGUGGCCUUAGCUUCUCUCCAGUGUACACACAGAGAGCGCCGCGGACGGAGUUUUGCGUGGACAUUCGUGCGGGACGCAAAGAUCAAUCCCAACUGGUGAUACGGGACGGGAAAUAAACAAACGCAAGUGUCAACGGAAAAUUGGAAGAAGAAAAAUUAUCCGUCGUUACCGAAUGUGUCGCAAUCGCGGGUACUCUUUAGUGUGAUUGUGAAAAGCUUUCGAGCAGACAACCGAGCUAAAAGAAAAACAAAGUUUUAGUGAACCCAAAAAAAUCGAAUAUUGAUUCAAAGUGAUUUCUGGUGAAAUUAUCGAAAAUAAAUUACUGAAGAUCUGAUUGGGUCAGAUCUUGUGGAUACACCAACGACAACAUCAACAGCAACAACGCAUACACCUGCGGUGCCAAACCAAAUAAAGAAAAGUGACAUCUCUCCAUAGCAAAUGAAAAAAAAAUCAAGUCAGGGAGAGACGUAUAGCGAAACCAGAAUAAUAUUGCAAGUGGAUUUGUUGCCCCGUUAGAAGCGGCGAGCACAGAGCAGUAAAGAAGCAAUCAUUUCAGUUUGAGUGAACGGUGCAGGACUACGAACAACAAGCAAAAAUUGUCCACAACGGACGAUAUCGUGAAUUUUGGUACAAACCAAGUGAUUCGAAGGACCGGACAGGUGGCACACUGAUAGGCUGGUCCGGAUUGUGAUACUUUUUAUCAAGAGCGACUGCAGUCCACCAAAAACCGAAAACAAAAAAAAACAACCAAACAUGACACCCAUCAUCAGUCAGCUGCUGCAUGGCUAAGCCAAUAGCCCGUCUCAACCACGGAAUACUCCUUCGGCUUUCCUAGAGGAAAACUAUCGCAUUCGCCCCCGUGAACCGAGGAACCUCCAGCAAACAAUCGUGCCCAAAUGGUUAUGUCGCCAAGCAGACGACUAUCAUCGCCAGGAAUCGCCACGCAUCCGAUGAAUAUGCAUUUGAGCUCGCUGCAACACUCUCAGCUGCAAUUGUCCUCUCAAAUGCAUCAGAAGUUGGCCGCCGGAUUGACGCCAAAUCACAUGAGUGGGUUCUUCAAAAGCCCAUCCACCUCACCCAGCAGCGCCAAUGCUAAUAUGAGCAACACCAGCUCCAACAACAAUAACAACAAUCACAGCAGCACUAAAUCGCAAAGCAACGGCGGCAGCAACCCCAGCACACCCACCAACAUGCCGUCGGCAACCGAGCUUUCGUCGCACCCCCUGAACCGGCUGCAGUCGAUGCAGCCGUUCGACUUCCGCAAGCUGAGCGCUGCGGCCGCCGGUUUGAGUGCUUUCACUGCAGGGCUACCACCGCCAAGGCUCAGCCCUGAAGCGGCAGCCGCGCAGCAUCAUUUCAACCAGCAGCAUGCAGCCGCCGCAGCUGCGUACUCGCAAGCUACCGCCAAGCGUCGUGACUCGCAAGCUUCCGAUUCAUCGCCGAGCUCACGUGAUCACGCUGCAGCUGCUGCCAACUUUAUGAAUCUCACCAUGGCAGGACACGGACUACCGUUCCCGAUUCCACCACCACCGCCACCCACUUCGGUCGCUAUGUCGCUUGCCAAUUCGUUAAACCAUUCGGCUGCUGCCAUGGCAGCGGCUGUUUCCGGCAAUCCUCUGGCUGCCAGCUUUGUUGCGCAGUCCUUUCCCAAUCUUCUGGCAGCAUCAGCAGCUCGCGAACAAGCUCGCAGUAAGUCACCUCAUAAAAUCCAGCUCAAAUCGGAUAAGGCUUCCGACAAACUAGACAACGAAAAGAAUCAUCACCCGAACAGUGGUGAAAAUGUUCUGAAUCUGAGCCGUGACCUAGCUGCUCAGCAUCUUGCUCGGCAGGGUCUCCCAAGUCAUGUAAGCCGACUAGCCGCGGGACUUCCUCCAGGCGCUCACCUGAAGAAACCUCAAUCUCCCAGCAAGCGCCAAUGGGGCGCCCUGCCACCCAAUCUGGGAACUCAAUUCGUCAACCCGGCGACCGGAAAGAAACGAGUACAGUGCAAUGUUUGCUUCAAAACCUUUUGUGAUAAGGGCGCCCUCAAGAUCCACUUUUCGGCUGUUCAUCUACGUGAGAUGCACAAGUGCACGGUCGAGGGCUGCAGUAUGAUGUUCAGCUCCCGGCGUUCCCGUAAUCGGCACAGCGCCAACCCGAACCCCAAAUUACACUCACCUCACCUCCGGCGAAAAAUCUCGCCACACGAUGGACGAAGCGCUCAGCCGCAUCCCAUCCUGCUACCCUCGGCUGGAAUGCCACUUCCCAACGGUCUGAAUCACCUCCACCCCUUCGCUCCGUUCCCUCUGAUGCCACCGGGAGAUAUGCGUCACCAUUCGCUCUCGGCCUUAGAGUUCAAAGCCAACAUGGAAGCUAGCAUGCACCGUCGUUUGCAAGAGCAGGAGAAACAUCGCGAAAGCCAACGACAGUCGCUCAGCCCGGAGAACUACCGCUACCGCAGCCCUCUGGGAGGAGACUCCGACAAAUAUCUAUCACCUGGUGGUCACCAUCUCAGUGUGGGCGGUGGCAGCUCCAUCGGAAGUCACCUCGAUGAUGACGACGAUGACGAUGAUGAUGAUCCGAACGGCAUCGUCAUCGAUGGAAAUGACGAUGAUGACGAUAUCGAACAUGGAUUCGAUAUGUCGCUCAGCUCCGAAUCGGAGGAUGUCAAAUCGUAUCGCCACUCAGGUACUCCUGAUGCGGAGUACGAAAACGAACGGCUGGACCAUCAUGCCGAGCGCGAUGACGAGCGGCGAAGAUCCGUGGAUGUAGGCGAGGAGAAUGAACCACAGGACUUCAGCUUAACCAAACUAAAAUCUGAGAAACUGUCGAUGUCAAGCGAUGGAGAUGACGUGGCAAGCAAUGUGGAUAGCAAUGAAGACUCGUCGGUAACCGAUUCGCACGUGGCACUAAUGUCGAUCAACAAGCGUAAGCGAAAGAGUAUGAAUCCUACCAAAUGUGCAAUACCGCAGGAGCGCAUGUCCGCUGAAUCAAACAUGUCCGAUGAGAAUGAUGACAAGGAGGGCGAGGAGGAAGACCAAAGCGAACCUCUGAUCAAGAAGAUUAAGGUUGAGCAAGAGCAGCAAGAAGAAGCAAUGUCAUUGGUAAGUGAUAAGCGAGACAGCUCUGUAUCGCCAAAACUCAAUGGUGAUAGAAAUCAUGUGCAAGAUCGUGCCGAUAGCGAUCAUGACCAAGAGACACAUGUGAAAAUCAAAGCAGAACCGCACGAGCACCAGGAUGAAGCCGAGAAUCUAUCCCUGGAUCUUUCGAAGAAGCGUUCGACGCCGGACGUUAACGCCAAUGAAAAGUUUUCCAAGUAUUCGAUAGAUGUCAAGCCGGCUUCAGAACUGAUGCAGAAUCCGAUGUCAUUGGUGCGCUCGAAGAAAGAAAACGAUGCUGACAAUGAAGCGGAGGAUUUACGUCGACCGGAGUCCGCCGACAGUAAAAAGAGUAGCGAAAGUUUGGACUCUGCCAACACUCUCCGACGGCUGGAAAAUUUGUCUCAUGGCCCGCUGAACGAGAUGAUGAUGCAACGCGGUGGACUACCACAGUUCCCGCCCUUGAGUUAUCUAAUGAAUGCUGCCCCACCAAGUCCAGCACGUUCAAGAAGUUCCUCGCCGAAUCCGACAGGAAGCCCUCAACAUCACCAAGAUAUGGACUCCGAUGACAACGUAGACUACUGUGAAGAGGGUAAUUGUUUCAACGAUCCCAACGUUCCUCUCGACAAAGACCCAAAGAAGUGUUCCGCCUGCGGUCGGAUGUUCCAGAACCAUUUUGCCGUGAAGGCACAUUACCAGAGCGUGCAUCUCAAACUGCUGCACAAGUGCAACAUCGACGGCUGCAACGCUGCUUUCCCAUCGAAGCGUAGUCGCGAUCGUCACGCUUCCAAUCUAAACCUUCACCGAAAACUGUUGUCCACAAGCUCCGACAGCAGCGAAACGGUUCUUCCGAUGGAAAAACAGUUCCCCUCUUUCCCUGGUCCGCUACCGACGGAAUUCCUGGCUCGACUAUACGCCGAUUCGCAAAAGUUCCCCAUGAAUCUGGAAGCAUUCAAAAACCACCUCCCGAAUGCUGGAGCCUACGCCGAACACUUCCUCAACGGUGCCGGGCAACGGUUUCCCCCAGCAGCUGCUAACCCAUUCCUGUUUCCGCCCCUCGGCGGAUUGGGCGGCUUUCCUGGCCUGUCGCAGUUCUCACAUCUUCUCCCGCAUCCCCUGAACGGAAUCUCAUCUCAACUGGCCGGCGGUCGGAUGUCCCGCUCGGACUCUCCCAUCUCAGCGUGUUCCCCGCCAACCUCCAGCAGCAACAUUCCAUCGCCGCGGUCGCACCAUCCCGAUCUGCAGGACGAUCGCCACUCGGCGGCUGCAGCGGCAGCGGCGGCGCUUCUGAACCGAAACCGAUCGCCCGCAGCCACCCCUGCCGAGGAAGCCCGCAAAAGUCAACAAACGCCGGACUCCCUGUCGUGACCGCCAACGCCCACAACUUCUCUAGAAUCCAUAGGCAACUGGUGAAUCCGACGGUAAUCUAAACUAGGCUUAAUUGAUGCGCAGUGCGCAAAGCAAUGUUAUCUCUCUACGGCUCUCUUAUGAGCGAUGAAGCAAUUUGAGAAUAAAAUAGAAAUAAAGGAAAACCAACCGAACGAUAGAAAUUAAUUCAAUUUAAAGAGGCGAUUGAUGGGCGAUCCCACACCCUUCUCUCCUUCUUCUUGAAAAGAAAACGUGAUCUCGUUUGACUCUCUUUUUUAUUAUUUUGUAAUUAAACUAAUCGCUUAAAUUAGGUUUUGUUUAUCUGGACUAGCUUCGGAAGCGGGCUGCUGAAAGUGACCCAUCAAAACAAAUCAGCAGCCGCCGCGCGCAGCUGCUACUCGAGUGGAUUGAGGUUAGAAACAUAAAUCACACUUUACUAAAGUGCCCAGUGAUAUGUAACUUUAAUUAAUUAAUUAAUUACUUUCGACGCUAAAGUGAACUUUUAUUGAACUCCGUUGUUUCGGUGUCAUGGGAAAGGCGGGACAAAAUCUGAUUUCGAAUUUACUUUGUGUACGGUUAAGAAUAAUGGAGUAGAAAUUUUUCUGUGGAUACAGAUAAAAAAAUCUAACAUUGAAUCGCUAAAAAGUAGCUUUUGUAAGGCCGUAAGUGUAAGCUUCUCCAGUUCCUAAACAAGAAAAAAUCUCUGCUAUCCUAUUUAGCCCACGUGUAAGUUAGUCCCAAACCAAGCAAGCAACAAGCUGAUCAACGAAGAAAUGAUAUUCAUUUUAUAUGCUUCACAAAUAAGUACCUAUUUUUUUAACGAAGAGAUAAUUUCAUCAAAACUAUCACCAACACCAAAUUCUUCCACGAACUAAAUCUAGUGUUUAAGCGUGCAAGAGGUCAAACAAACAAAUCCUAGCGAGCAAACAAAACAAAGAAACUUAUCGAAAUAGAAGAAAUACGAAGAAACUCUUUAGUUUAAGCAUUCAAUUGUAAGCAAGCAAGUGUAAGUGGAGCGAAUCUUUUCAUUUUUGUACCUUAACUAUUUUUAAACGGAUGGUCCUUGGAAGAUAAUGCAAGAAAAAGGAAUCAAUAAUAAAAUGUGCAAUAUUUUCGUCCUCUUUUGUGCUCUAGAUAAAUAAUAGUCUGUUAGGGUAAUUGUAAUGAUACGCAUAGAUACAAUACUUUCACAAUUUUAAUGGCUAAGACAUCAAGAAAACAAAAACACAUGGUAGCGUUAAUCAGUCGAAAACAAUGAAAAAGCAUGAAAAUUAUGAUAUACAGGAUUUUACUAUCUAGGCAAAUGCGAUCAAAAAUAAAACACGAAUCCCCUAAACAAUGUACAUAGUCUAUACAUAUAAAACUAUUAUGGCGUAGUUAAUUACAACAAUUGAUAUUAAAGGCUAAGGAAGGACUUCAUUCAAAAUGGAGCUACCGCAUCACAAAAACACUCAAACUCGGAAACAAGUUACACAGUAAUGUAAAAAUAGGAAAACGCAAAAUUUAUCCAUACGAAGUAAAAACAAACAAUUGCAAGUUAAAAUAUCAAAAAUAUCAAUAACUAUACAAAAACAACCAAGUAUCGAAAUAAGGUAACCAGUGCUGGAUUUUCUCCGACGAUUGUCACAAAACCGCAGAUGAACUUGUUUACUACUUUGUAUCCGAUUCGAAACAACUUAAUGAUCAAAAAGUCGACCAACUGUGCGACAUAUUUCUAUCAGUUUUUAUGAUAAAAAUCCAAUUUAUAUUUAUUUUUAAUGUGUCACUUCCCUCUCAGAACGCGCUCGCCUUCGAGCCGUGGAAACCCUCCCGAAAAAAUGUGAGAAUAAAUUAUUUUUAUUAUUACAAAAAAAUAUCAAAACAA